CGUUAUAUAUAUAACUCCUAUGCCCAAACCCACAUCCCAUAUUUCUUUCACUGACAAAAUAUAUCAUUAGCUGCUCUCUGUAUCGAUCUCCCCUGUUCAAGUCUGAUCAUCUCUUCUAUUCUAGACCAAUCAAUCCGAACAUGGCAAUGCAAAGAGUAUUAUUAAGUCUGCCUGUUAUGGCAGCCAUGCUCAUUCAACUCGCCAUGGCAGCAACUUACACAGUGGGAGGCGCCAAUGGUGCGUGGGACCAGAUCACCGACCUACAAACUUGGGUAUCAUCUCAGACGUUUUUAGUCGGAGACAGUCUCAGUUUCCAAUAUUCUCCAAACCAUAACGUGAUUGAAGUUCCAAAAUCAGACUACGAUGCUUGCCAGCCAAGUAACCUGAUUCAGGUUUACAAUGAUGGCAGUUCAGUCAUUCCUCUAACUUCUCCAGGAAAGAGGUACUUCAUUUGUGGAACAUCAGGACAUUGCAGCUCAGGAAUGAAGCUUGAAAUCACAACUCUUGCAGCUACGCCUUCUACUCCCUCUACUCCAAAACCAUCUUCUCCUCCUACUACCUCUACUCCAAAACCUUCUUCUCCUCCGACCCCACCGAGCCCCGCGGCAGAUGCACCCGACGCCGAGCCAACGGCAGCUCCUCCAUCCACGUACUCUGAUGACUCGCCCAUGGAGAACGGCACGCCGUUAUCACUGUCUCCUAGUGCUCCUUCUACCGGUUCUCACCUGUCCGCGCCAGCACCAAUAUCUGCUGCACCGGCCACCUAUGCCACCAGCUUCCGAGCUGGCCUCUUGAUGGGGUUCGGUGCCUUGGUGUUGCUUCUUGCGUUCUAAGCUGCAUGUUAAAAUAGAUCUUUCACGUACGGGAAAAGAAAAGGUUAU